AUGGACCCAGUAUCAUUAGCUGAGUUCCACCGCCUGGAGGAGGCUCUAUGCCGAGUUGAGGCCCAAAAAGAUGCAUACUGGAAACAGAGAGCCAAACAGCACUGGUUAAAGGCUGCCGACGCCAAUACGAAAUUCUAUCACAGGUACGCCUCUAAUCGCAAAAGGAAAAAUAAUUUAUCUAAAAUUAUGAAUGGUGAUGGGGACUGGGUGGAAGGUGAUGGUAUGAGAAAGAUUGUCCAGGAUUAUUUUGCAAAUAUCUUCUGUACUAGUAAUCCUGCUAGUGGUGCUGAAUUAUUUGAAAAGGUUAUGCCCAAAGUUACACCUUUACAAAACGAAUUACCUCUACAACCUUUUAGUGUGGAUGAGGUUAGGGAAGCUCUUUUUGCAAUGUUCCCAGAUAAAGCGCCAGGGCCGGAUGGAAUGAAUCCAGGAUUUUACCAGCAUUUUUGGGAUGUGGUAGGCGUGGAUCUCUCGGAAUUUAUUGUUGAUUGUCUAAAUGCCCGAAAUUUCCCUGCUACAUUGAAUGAAACGAAUGUUUCACAGAGUGCGUUUAUACCUGAUAGGCUCAUCACUGAUAAUAUCUUGAUAGCAGCGGAGGUUGGUCAUUAUCUGAGUAGGAAGCAGUGUGGGGUGGUAGGAUGGGGAGCUCUCAAGUUGGAUAAGGCAAAGGCCUAUGAUCGUAUGGAGUGGCCAUUUUUACAAGGAAUGUUAAAGGCCUUGGACUUUGAUGAGAGAUGGAUAGAGCUUAUAAUGUUAUGUGUGACUACUGUGUCAUACAGGAUCUUGGCAAACCCACAGGAGGCUACUCAGGUGAAGAGUUACUUGGCAACUUAUGAGAGAUUGUCUCGACAAAUGGUGAAUUACCACAAAUCUAGUAUCUGUUAUACAAUUGAACGGGUUAUGAAUCGCUACUGGUGGGGCUCAGGGACUGACCGUAGUAUUCACUGGAAGGCAUGGGAUAAAUUGUGUAUUCCUAAACAGUAUGGAAGCCUGGGUUUCAAAGAUCUGAAGGCAUUUAAUUUGGCAAUGUUGGGUUAUUGUUGGCGGAGUAUUAUGGCUGCUAAAGCAUUGAUAACAAAUGGAGUAAGACGUCGUAUUGGAGAUGGAAAGUCUACCUUAAUAUGGGAACAUCCCUGGCUUCAGGAUGAGCUAGAACCAAGGAUCCAAACGGAAAUGCCACCUCAGCUAGCUGGUGCAAAGGUUGUGGGAUUAAUUGAUCAAAAUACUGGAUAUGAGGAUAUAUGGUAUUGGUACGGGGACUCAAAUGGAUGCUACUCAGUAAAGAAUGGAUACAGGCAAAUGGUGGGAACUUAUGAGAAUAAUACUGGUUUUGAUAAGUGGCGAACCCUAUGGAAUUUGAAAAUCCCCCAUAAAUGGAAGACCUUUCUAUGGAGAGCUAUAGGUGACAUUCUCCCUACUACCACCAAUUUGCUUAUAAAGAUGGUGGAUGUUAGCCCAAUUUGUGCCAUGUGUGGAGUUAUGAAUGAGAACACAAUGCAUGCCCUAGUGUUGUGUGACUAUGCUAGCUGGAAUAUUAUACAAUAUUUGGAGAGCCCGGAACGAUGCCGUUUGGAAUGCAUGUCUGCCAAGACCAAAGAAGAUUAUCGCUACGGCCAUAACCUCCGUGCAUGCGUGGCAGCGUGUGAGCUCGGCCACCCCCUCAUAGCCGAUCGGCCUCACGGUUACCGUCCAGGUGCCACCAACGGCAGAACACCAGGCUACCCUCAUUGCCCAAAUGCAACCGGCGCUGCCACCUUCUCCCAUUGCCGCGACUAG